CUUGAAUUGACUUACUUUGACUUUGGAGGUACAUAUUACUCUACAACGGUGCUGGAUCACUAAGCCUCGAUUCGUUCCUUCUUCUGUGCAUUUCUCUCUGCACGUAUCGCUUCAGAACGCAUCCUUAAAUCACUCUGUUCCUUGCAGAGGUUGCCUCUGGGAGUGUCACAGAACGGAACAACAUCCAGCAUGGCUUUUAUUCCAUUAUACCAAAACUGCGCCUUCGCAAACUCUUGUUCAGUGGCGUAUUCUCCUCUGAACUUCCAAAACUUCGUCGUAAGGCGAUGGAGGCAGUUGGGAGGGAUGGCUGUAGGGAUGGAUGCUGGAGGGAAUCCUAUAACAUCCACAUGAAAGACUAAAAAAAGGCAAUUUCGUCGAUGCUAAAACGAAGAGGAGAGAUAAUUAAUUCUCGCAUCCGUGAUGCGAGUUCUAUUACAUCCGAACAUUGUUUAUUUUAUAUUAAAGGCACGCACAUGGUCAAGGAUGGUGCAGUUUGGAUCCGCUCAGAUCUCCAGGAUCGUGGCAUGGUAGUAGGGAAUUACACGGAGGCCUUUCAAGGCAUGGAGGAUGGAGCGUCGUUCCUUGAGAGGGAUAGGAAGCAGUGGCGAGGACACGAUGCAGAUGGAGGUUGGAGUUACGUUCUUCAAACUUCCAGUUCUCUCAAUAAACGCAUUUCCACGCGUCAUUCGCAUCUGCAUAUAAAUUUCUUCGGUCUCGAUAUGUCGUAUCUGGCGCAUUCACAUCAAUCCUGUGACGAUUUGAUGGAUUGUUCAAAAGGUCAGAAACGGAGCGAAUCGCAUUUAACGCGACCUCAACGCCUAAGUCCAAGUGGACAGGGUAACGAAAUUAUAAUCCUGCAGACAUUCGAUAGCCAACGUUCGUUUACCAGCGGCCUAGCGACUUGGCGAAUACUUGGCAGUUCCCAUCACUUCUCUCCAUCCUAA